AUGGGGAAAAAGCAUAAGAAGCACAAACCGGAGUGGAGAACAGUUGAUGACUAUGAGGACAAAGCUCUUGAGAAGCCACUGAAGCUCGUGCUCAAAGUGGGAGGGAGCGAGGUGACGGAGCUCUCAGGUUCGGGUCACGACUCCAGCUACUACGAUGACAGAUCGGACCACGAGCGAGAGCGGCACAAGGAGAAGAAGAAGAAGAAGAAGAAAAAGUCUGAGAAGGAUAAAGACAAAUAUGUAGAUGAUGAGGAGAGAAGAAGGAGAAAGGAGGAAAAACGUAAGAAGAGGGAGCGGGAGCAGAAUGAAUCAGAGGCGGCAGCUUUGGCUGCAGCCGGUAGCGGCGUGCCGGUUGAACCAUUCACACUGACCAAAACCAUCACUAUUGCAUUAGAGCCAGAGGAGAAGAAAAAGAAGAAGGAAAGGUUCGACAUAGAGCCCGAAGUGGAGGACUUUCACCCCAGUGUCAAGGUGGACAUCGAACAGCAAGGAGACCGUCCAGUCAGAGCGUGCAGAACACAGCAAGAGAAUGAGUCCACUCCUCGACAGCAGCUACUGGAGCACUUUUUGAGGCAGCUGCAGAGGAAAGAUCCCCAUGGAUUUUUCUCACUUCCAGUGACUGACGCCAUUGCUCCUGGUUACUCCGUGAUCAUCAAACAUCCCAUGGACUUCAGUACGAUGAAGGACAAGAUCAGAAACAACGAGUACAACACAGUAACAGAGUUCAAGGCGGACUUCAAACUGAUGUGUGACAACGCCAUGGUGUACAACCGGCCAGAGACCGUCUACUACAAGGCUGCCAAGAAACUGCUUCAUACAGGAUUCAAGAUGAUGAGCAAGGAGCGGCUCCUGGCUCUGAAGCGCAGCAUGUCUUUCAUGCAGGACAUGGAUUUCACGCAGCAGGCCGCCAUUUUAGGAGACGAGGAUCUGACGGCCGAUCUGCCUCCUCCGGAGACCAUCGCCAUGCCGGUGGAAUCAGCCAAGAAGUCCAGGAAGCAACCCGCCAAAGACAUGAAGGAAGUCAUCAGUUACCUGUACGAGCCAGAGGGGAACGCCUGCAGCCUGACUGACAGCACGGCGGAGGAACACGUCCUGGCUCUGGUUGAACACUCAGCAGAUGAAGCUCGGGACCGCAUCAACAGAUACAUGCCCAACUCAAAGAUGGGCUACUUACGUAAAGACUCCGACAAUUCCCUCCUUUAUACUGUUGUGAAUCAACUAGAUCCAGAUGCAGAAGAGGAGGAGACUCAUAAAGUGGACCUGAGUUCUCUUUCAAAUAAGCUUCUUCCUGGAUUAACAACCUUAGGCUUUAAAGAUGACAGGAGACAUAAAGUGACUUUUCUAAGCAGUGCCUACAACGUUCAGAGUCUUCAGAAGAACACGAUCUUUCCAGACCUGCUACCAGAUGAGAUGGACAGUCUGUAUUCAGCCUAUGGAGAUGACACAGGGGUGCAGUGUGCUCUGAGCAUCCAGGAGUUUGUGAAGGGCUGUGGAAGUGUCACUAAACGCUGGGUCGAUGGGUUUCUGGACAAGAUGACGGGCAAUGAUCACUCUAAAGCCGUCAAUCAGAUACGACAGAAAAGAAACAUGAUGCUGAAACCCGAUGAGAACAAAUCCAACAUCUGUGACAUGCAGAUUUCAGAUGGUGGCGGUCUGGGAGAGAGCAGCUCCGUGUUGGACUUCAUGUCAAUGAAGAACUAUCCUGACAUGUCGCUGGAUAUUUCUAUGCUUAAUUCAUUAGGUAAACCCGUGAAAAAAGAGCCGGGGAACGAGGAGGGACAGCAGCAUUUCGACGAUGCAGACAAGCUGCUGCAGGAGUUCCAGGAGACUCAGGUGGACAGAGUCGGCUCCAGACCCUCGUCCAACCUGUCCUCUCUUUCUAAUGCCUCGGAGAGGGACCAGCACCAUUUAGGGAGCCCGUCACACCUCGGCGUUGGUGACCAGUCUGAAAUGGUUCAUGAUCCCUACGAGUUCCUGCAGUCUCCGGAGCCAGAGGGCUCAUCGAACAGCUGACCACACACACUGUCGUUCUGUUAUCCUGGUGUUAACAGCACCGACUCUCCAGUGUUGGACUGCUCAAACACUGUGGACAAACAGGAGCAUCAACCCUCCUUCAAAGACUGAACAUAAAUGUACAUACUAGUGUCAUUUGGUAGAUUGGUUUUGUAUGAAGAAACACUCAAAUAAAUACUUGUUUAUAAAUGUC